CGCGUCAUCUCGAGAAUUCCUGUGGGCGGAGAAGCGAUUCCGGUUCCGGGUGUCUUCAUACCAGUCGGAGGCGUUCGCGUUUCUGAUUAUGGUCUUUUAUCGGAAACUUUUCUCGACCAUCGACGGAUUCUUGUAGUCGCUUUUUAUUAUUCGGCAAGUUAAACGGAAUAAGCGAACAUGACGACUCGCUCAGAGAGAGAGAAGGCCGAGAAACUGAACGAGCAGCACCAGGCCAUUCUGUCCAAAAUGCUCAGAGAGGAAGACAACAAGUAUUGUGCCGACUGCGAGGCGAAAGGUCCUAGAUGGGCGUCUUGGAACCUGGGAGUAUUUAUCUGCAUUCGGUGUGCGGGCCUCCACAGGAAGCUCGGUGUCCACAUAUCCCGAGUGAAGUCAGUCAACUUGGACCAAUGGACCUCAGAUCAAAUCCAGCGUAUACAGGAUAUAGGAAACACCAAGGCCAGGCAGCUGUAUGAGGCCAACCUUCCAAAAAGCUUCAGACGACCUCAAACAGACCAAGCAGUUGACUUCUUCAUCAGGGAUAAAUAUGAGAAGAAGAAAUACUCCAGCAACAAUGUGACCAACGGAGGCAGUCCUAAAGAUUGUACCAAGAAAGAGAAGGAGACAGAGCGAGGGAGCAAGGUGUCAUCUUACACCAAGAAGAAUGACGAGUCAAGGCCAGUCCCUAAAAUCAGCCCAGUUAAGUCAUCAGAACCUUCGGUGAACCUACUAGGACUUGACGCACCGGCAGCUGCACCAAGCAACAAUGGAAUCACAAGCACAAGCCAGAACAAUAAUGACCUGGAUAUAUUUGGUCCUAUGGUAUCCAACCCCCUACCCUCAUCCACAUCAACUGCUCAGUUUCCUCAGGUGAGCUCCAGCAGCGUGGCAGGCACGCCCACACAACCCCCAGCAGCAGUAGUGGGUGGAGCCGGGUCAGGACAGGGCAACCUUGACCUGUUCAAUGACAGCAGCAGCACAACUAAGACAGAAGAUAACGCAAAGAAGCCAUUGUCCAAGGACUCCAUCUUGUCACUCUAUGGAACCAACAUGUCACCACAGGCUCCGGCUGCUGGCAUGUUCAUGGGACCCUCUCAGAUGCAGUUUCCUGUCCAGACCCCUGCUGGUUAUCAGGCUUUCCCUGGCGUAGGGACCGCCGUGCCGCCUACGACCGUCAUGGGUGCCAUGAUGGCACAGAGUGGAGCAUCCAUGAUGGGGCCAAGUCCAGGAAUGAUGGUUGGGAUGACCAUGCCCAAUGGCUUCAUGGGAAAUGCCCCUGCUAGUGCCGUGAUGGGCAUGGCCCCCAGAAUGAUGGCGCCACAUGGCGGUGUGAUGCCUGCAGGCAUGGUGCCUGCCCAGGGCAUGUAUGCCAUCCAGCCUGGGCAACAAGCUCAGUGGAACAUGGCUCAGGUGAGCCAUCAGAUGUCAGGGUUGCAUCUGAACGGUGCAGCCAGACACAUGGCCUUCACUCAGCCUCCAACUGCUAUUGGUGGCUGGGCCGCACCCGGAUCCGGUCAAACUAUGAGCACACAACUUUGGAAGUGAGCUUUUCGGUGAGACGGACGGACAGAGGAAGGGUGGUGGUUGCAGAAAGUGCAAAAGAUCUUUUGUGUGUGUCUGCACCUCACUAUGAACUGACGUCUGUUUUCACUCUGGACCAGCCUUCAAGAACAUGGAUAUUGUAUCUCGACUUACCCCCUCUUCUACUUUCUCUGUCUCUCUCUCUCUCUCUCUCUCUCUCUCUAUUGUGUGAGUGAAUUGGGAGUCUCACAACCUGGCAGAUUCUGCCUGUUGUAUAUGGUUUUUGAGCAUUACUUUUAUUUUCCUUUUUUGGAAAACAAAUACAAGGAAAUAACAGUCCCAACAAAAAUUGUAUUGACAUAUCAGAAAAGCUGCAGGACCAGUUACACAAGCUUUUAUUGUAUCAUUAUAAGAUUAUAGAACAUUUAAAUGAAUAGUAUUUAAAGGGGGAAGAUAAGACUAAUCCUGUCGGUCUGUACUGCUCCCAAGUGUACAGCGCUGUAUAACCUUUUAAAGCACUUGUGGUUCCCCUCUUACAAAAAUAAAGUUGUGUUAA